AUGAGGAGGAGACCCGCGGCCUUGGCGCUCGCCUCGACCCUCGCGGCGACGUGGAUCGCGUACGCGCUCGUCACCUCGGUUCGGUUUUCUUCCGGCCUCGCGCGUCCGGACCCGGAGUGUAGCUCGGCGCAGGAGGUAUCGAUCUGCUCGCAUCAGCUCAAAGGGAUGUCGAGCCUCCCACUGAACACCGACGGCACCGACGAAGCGACGCCCCCGAGGGACGGGUCCCUCGCCGGGAUGACCGCCAUGUGGCACGAGGGCAUCACGUGCUUCGACGUGGAUGGCGUCCUGACCUCCGACGGCGUCAUGCUCGCGACGCACCCGAAACGUUUCGCCGACGCCACGGGAGGCGCCCGCCCGGCGGAGAUGACGCUCGCGCGAGCCAGAGACGCUGGCGCCGACGAGGCGGGGUUCCCGACCCUCGACGACGUCAUCGCGCACUUCGCGUCCCUCGUCGAGGCCACCGCACCGGACGCGCGGCCCUACUGGUGGCGGGGCGACGACUCCUUCGCGAAGAUCACGAGCGUCAGCCCACGCCGUCGCGGACGUCGCCCCGCCGCGCCGCCGCUGACGGGUCCCGUGCUGUGCCUGGACCUCAAGGGCGACGCCCUCGCGCCGGCGCACGCCGUACGGCUCGUUGCACUCGCGGAUGACUUGAACUUGCGCGGCAGGGUCCUCGUGUACGUGUACGACGGCGGAAAGGACGACGCGGUGUUGGCAGCGUUGGCAACGAAGCGUCCGAGCGUGGCGGUGGGCCUCGGGCGGAGGGACGAGAACCCCGCGCACCGCUCCGUGCCCGCCCUGUCUCGCGUCUCAACGGGGGGAACGAACGAGCACGACGAAGCAUCUGGAGGGGGCAUCGUGCGGGCGAUCGUGCCGAGCGUCGGGUUCGACGCGAGGUGGUACGAAGCGGCGGUACAAACGGGGCUUCACGUGGUGAGCUGGGUGGUGGACGACGAGGCGACGCUUGGCGCGCAACUGGCCCUCGGCGUCAGCGGUGUCAUCACGAACGAGCCAGGACGGAUGCUCCGCGCCCUGCACGACACCCGAAUCCGGUGCGAACAGAAAAAAUACUGGUAA